AUGUCAACGAGUUACAGAUCUACGAGAUCAUCGGAGCAAAGUACCAAGACCUUUGAAGAGGCCGUUAUUCAAGGUUUAGCGACCGACGGUGGGUUGUUCAUUCCAUCAGAAAUUCCAACCAUUGACCAAAAAAUUAUCGAAAGAUGGUCAAAGCUUUCGUUUCAGGACCUGGCUUUUGAGAUUAUGAAGCUGUACAUUUCUGACAAAGAGAUUCCUGACUCAGAUUUGAAGGAAUUGAUCAAGAGAUCUUACUCGACUUUCAGGUCUGAAGAUGUCACACCUUUGGCUAAAAAUGUGACUGGUGAACACGAGAACUUGCACGUUCUUGAAUUGUUUCAUGGUCCUACUUAUGCUUUCAAAGAUGUCGCCCUACAAUUUGUCGGGAACCUGUUUGAGUAUUUCUUGCAAAGAGCCAACAAAGAUCUCCCACAGGAACAGAGAAAGAAGAUCACGGUUGUCGGUGCCACAUCUGGUGACACUGGAAGUGCUGCCAUUUACGGUUUGAGAGGCAAAAAAGAUGUUGCCGUGUUCAUUUUGUAUCCAACCGGUAGAAUUUCCCCAAUUCAAGAAGAGCAAAUGACCACUGUUGGUGAUAAAAAUGUUCAAACUUUGUCCGUUAAGGGUACCUUCGACAACUGCCAAGACAUUGUUAAGGCCAUUUUUGGAGACAAGGAGUUUAACGAGAGACACAAUGUUGGUGCUGUCAAUUCUAUUAAUUGGGCCAGAAUUCUAGCUCAAAUGACGUACUACUUCUACGCUUACUUCCAAGCUGUUGGUGCGUCCGGCAAGGUCAAAUUUGUCGUUCCCAGCGGAAAUUUUGGUGACAUUCUAGCCGGGUACUAUGCUAAAAAGAUGGGUCUUUCGGUCGAGAAAUUGGUCAUUGCGACAAACGAAAAUGAUAUAUUGGACCGUUUUUUGAAGAGCGGUGUCUACGAAAGAUCUGAUGAUGUUGCAGCAACCCUUUCACCUGCAAUGGAUAUAUUGAUUUCUUCCAAUUUUGAGAGACUUCUAUGGUACUUGGCGCGUGAUACCCUAGCGAACGGCAAUGACCUUGAGGCGGGAAAAAUAGUAAGAGAAUGGUUUACCGAGUUGAAGGCCGAUGGCAAAUUUGUUGUCGAUUCGGCAGUGAUACAAACGGCUUUGAAAGACUUUGAAUCUGAAAGAGUUUCGAAUUCAGAAACCACUUCAACCAUCAAGGAAGUUUAUGCGACUUCUAAAUCACCAAAGAACUACAUUCUAGAUCCGCAUACCGCUGUUGGUGUAUGUGCUACAAAAAGACAAAUCUUGAAGGACAACGAUUCCUCGAUUAACUAUAUUUCUCUAUCCACUGCUCAUCCAGCUAAAUUUGCAGAUGCUGUCAACGAAGCUCUGUCAUCGUUUCCUGAAUAUUCUUUUGAGAAAGACGUUUUGCCAGCUGAGCUAAAGAAGCUUUCUACUCUCGAAAAGAAAAUCAAGCUGGUCGACAGAGCGGAUAUUGAACUAGUCAAGUCUAUUAUUGAUGAGGAGAUGCAAAAGAUGGGCUUGUAA